CUGGAGACGAGGAUCGAGCGGGAGCUGGCGCUGGCCCGGCAGCACGGCACCAAGAACAAGCGAGCUGCCUUACAAGCACUGAAGAGAAAAAAGAGAUAUGAGAAACAGUUGACUCAAAUUGAUGGGACACUUUCAACCAUUGAGUUCCAGAGAGAGGCACUGGAGAAUUCCCACACCAACACAGAAGUGCUCAAGAAUAUGGGCUAUGCUGCACAAGCUAUGAAAAAAGUACAUGAAAAUAUGGACUUGAACAAAAUUGAUGAUUUGAUGCAAGAUAUCACUGAACAGCAAGAUGUUGCCCAGGAAAUUUCAGAUGCUAUCUCAAACCGAGCCACUUUCGGUGAUGAGUUUGAUGAGGAUGAGUUGAUGGCAGAAUUAGAAGAACUGGAGCAAGAAGAAUUGAACAAGGGAAUGAGAGAUGUCAGGUUGCCAAGUGUUCCGUCCACAUCACUGCCUUCUCGCCCUGCAUCAACCAGGAAGAGAGCAGAGGAUGAAGAUGAAAUGAAGCAGCUUGCUGCCUGGGCUUCAUAA